AUGACUACCAGACUCGAUCGACUCGUUUUACUUCUUGAGACAGGAUCGACUGCUGCCGUACGAGCAACGGCAGCACAGCAGUUGGGUGACAUCCAGAAGCAGCAUCCUUCAGAACUGUUCAAUCUGCUUUCAAGAGUGCUGGUACAUUUGCGCAGUAAGAGCUGGGAUACAAGAAUCGCUGCAGGGCAAGCAUUAGAAGCCAUUGUUAGCAACGUACCGCAAUGGGACCCCUCAGAUGAAUCACAAGUAAAGACAGAGGAGGGAUCAGCGGAUCAAAAGAAAGGAGUAGAGGCACCCAAGUACGAUCGGCUUUCAUUUUCGAAUUUCGACAUCAGUCAAGUCAUCCAGAAUGGGAAAUUGCUUUUGGGCUCCGCAGGAAAGGAGUACGAUCUCGAUCUGAGUGAUCUCGACCCUGCAGAGCGACUCGCGAUUCAACGAAAGAACCUGGCGGCGAAUCUUGGGUUGACAUCUCAAUUUAUGGAUGUUGAUCUCAUGGACGAGUCGGACAUUUCGGGACCAAAGCCUCUUUCGAUACCCAUGAAGCAGGAGCAACCACCAACGCCAUCAGCCGGCGCGAGUUCUGCAGGAUCGAAGGCGCCUCUGCCUUCGCCAGGACUUUCAAACGAGGUGAAUCUGGAGGGGCUGAGCGCAAGAGAACGAAACAAGAUGAAACGUCGCGCCAAGACAGAUUUGAAAUUCAAGGGCAAAGACAAGGUUCGCGUGAUUGAUCUUGCCGGGCGGCGAAAGGGACCAGAUACGCCAGGGACUCCUUCAACUCCAGGAGCGGGUCAGGAAGGACAGGAAGGCGGCUACUUUGAGUUCACACCUCAGUCGGACUCCAACAAGGUAGUUGUAGAAGCAAAGCUACCGGUGCAGUCAAUUCUGGAAUCAUCGACGGAAUGGCCAUUUGAGGGUAUUUGCGAUUUGCUGUGCAUGGAUCUCUUUGAUCCAGGCUGGGAAGUCCGUCAUGGUGCAGGAAUCGGUCUUCGCGAAAUCUUGAAGGUCCAGGGCAGUGGUGCGGGACGCAUCAUUGGAUGCACCAAGGAAGAGAAUGAUGUCCGGCAUAAUGAGUGGCUAGAGGACCUGGUAAUCCGCCUUCUUUGUGUGUUUUCCCUCGACCGCUUUGGUGAUUUCGUUUCAGAUCAGGUGGUUGCACCUGUCAGAGAAACUUGUUCACAAACGCUAGGCGCCUUGCUGAAGCACAUGUCUGAUGACGGCGUGAAGAGUACGCUCGGGAUUCUGAUGCGUCUUAUUUAUCAGAACGAUGUUUUCGAGGAGGGCAUGGAUCGCGAUUAUAUCUGGGAGGUGCGACAUGCAGGAUUACUAGGACUGAAGUACGCAGUCGCUGUUAGGAGGGAUCUGCUUGACAAUGACACUGCAUAUGCAGCCGAAAUGCUGGAGAAUGUUGUUAAUGCGGUCGUGCUUGGAUUGAAAGACGAAGACGACGAUGUUAGGGCAGUAUCGGCCUCCACCCUUAUCCCCAUCUCAUCCAACUUUGUCAACAAGCUGCCUGAGCGGAUUCCGGACGUUGUCAUUGUUCUAUGGGACUGUCUGGCUGUGCUCAAGGACGAUCUGACGGCAUCGACCGCGAGCGUAAUGGACCUAUUGGCGAAACUCUUCACCUACCAAAGCGUUCUCGACUUUAUGAUUCAACCUAGAGAUGAGAGUCACUCGCUCGUCAAUCUCAUACCUCGCCUCAAUCCAUUCUUCCGUCACACAAUUCCUGGCGUCCGACUUGCAGUCCUGAACGCCAUGCUUACUUUCCUUAGGCUGGAAUCUAUCGCCGAGUGGGUCGACGAAAGGGUGGUUCGGAUGGUUUAUCAAAAUCUCAUUGUCGAGGAAAAGAGGGAUAUCCUGGAACUCUCUUUGACUGUGAUGGUGGCCUUGAUCGAUCGCAUGUCAACCUCGGCGUCGAUCACCAGUAUUGUCGGUCCGCAUCUUCAGACGUUCUUCACGAUCCUUCUUACAGCCAUCGGUACACCAUUGGAUACCCGUCUCUUUUACUCACCGACCGGACAUGGAGUGGCAGUUACUGCGGAGAUACCAGCGCGUGGCCGAAAGGCUCAGGCAGCACAGACCCAUUCUCACAAUGUCGACGUCGGGAUGCUCAAGCAGGAUUUGGCGUUAGUCUCUAUAGAAUCGGUCAUUCGGUGCCGAUUGAGCGCUAGCAAGGCGCUCGGACUCAUCAUGGCGGGCUGGCCUCAGGAUCAAUUGGAUGCUGCAUUUUAUGGUUUACUACAGUCUAACUUCAAUUCACCCUGGGCUAUGCGUCGCCAAAUGUCUGCCAUUAUCGUCGCAGAGUGGGCAUCGGCCUUCAAAGAACGUUCACAGUCAUAUCCGACCGAGGCUGGACUUCCAUUCGCCCUCACAGCAUCAGCAGCGCUAACAACAUGCUUGGUAUCGGAGCCACCACUCAGCUACUUGGAGAGUAUCACUGUUCUAAAGGGUAUUCGCGCAGAAAUUCAAGCGAUGCUCAAUGCCUUUGUCAGCGACGGCAAAUUACCACAGGCGACUGUUCCUACUCUCCCUCAGGUUGCUGGUAUGACGGACAGUGGUGAUGGCAGCAAUUUCACUAUCGACUACGCGCGUGAAUUCGCCGCUGUUUCGGUGCCCAACUUGAUGAACCAGAUCAGCGCACGAUCCCGUAAAAACGCCAUUCCCUUGUUGGAGGGUCGCCGCGACCGUGUCAUUGCAAGCAUCGGUUAUUUCGAGUCUAUAAAGGAAAAGGCCGAUCUCUAUGUUGCUGCUGCGGUUGGAUCGGCUGUUAUUAACCUGGGGACUCUGCCUGCGAAGCUCAACCCGGUCAUCAAUAGUGUUAUGAAGAGUGUCAGAAGCGAGGAAAACGUUGAACUUCAAACACGUUCCGCAUCGACUCUGGCCAGCCUUAUCAUCCUCUGCAACUCACCAUUCUGCAGUCUCCGGACAGUGCCAACUCCUAAACUGGUUAAGAAUCUUGGACGAUACCUUUGUGGUGACACUUCAAUCACUCCUUCCUUGGACCAGGACUCGUCUCUUGAGGGCAUCUUCUCGCUCAAGAAAUCUAAGGAUUCGGUGGCAGACAACAAGACCGUCAGCGGGCAUGGCAUGGAGGACGUCAAAAUUUCAGCUAAGGACACCAAAAUCGUCGAGGACGAGGAAACUAAACUGACAAGGCGAGGCGCCGUCGCAGCGUUCAAGGAGUUUGCAGAGCGAUUUGGACCUGAUCUGUUCAUACAGAUUCCUAAAGUCUGGGAGUGCAUCAGCACCCCCUUGACGACGGCUUUUGCGCAUGGCCCUAUCACAGGGCCAACAGCACUUCAAGCAGACGACUGGCACGACAUUAUCGACGCCUUGGAGAUGAUCAAAAUUUUGGUGCCGCAUUUACAUCCUGAGCUGUACCCAUCGAUCGAGCAACUAAUGCCUCACAUUGCUACCGCACUUCUGUCGCCAUUCACCGUCGUCCGUCAUGCUGCUGCUAAGUGCCUGGCGGUCAUCUGCAAUGUUAUUACUAUCCCCGGCAUGCAUCAAGUCAUUGACCGAGUGGUCCCACACCUCAGCGAUUCUGUCAACGUGAUUCGUCGCCAAGGUGCCGUCGAAAUGAUUAACGAGGUUGUUCAGAUCAUGGAUGCAAAGAUUCUGCCUUACGUUGUAUUCUUGAUCGUGCCUAUUCUCGGCCGUAUGAGUGAUCCUGACGAGCCGACCCGACUGGUAUCAACUAAUUGCUUCGCUCACCUCAUCAAGCUUGUGCCUCUCGAAGCCGGUAUCCCCGACCCACCAGAGAUGUCCGCAGAGAUGUUGCAACAACGCCAGGAGGAGCGCCAGUUCUUGAUGCAGUUGUUGGACAGCAAGAAAUUGCAGCCGUACAGCAUACCAAUCAAAAUCAAGGCAGAGUUGAGGAAAUACCAGCAGGAGGGUGUCAACUGGCUUGCAUUCUUGAAUAAGUACCAGCUACACGGUAUCCUGUGCGACGAUAUGGGUCUGGGCAAGACAUUGCAAUCAAUUUGUAUGUUGGCUAGCGACCAGCACGACCGAAAGGUCAAGUUGGCAGAGACAGGAUUCCCUCAGUACGCUCACUGCCCCUCGAUGGUGGUGUGUCCACCGACGCUGACCGGACAUUGGUACCACGAGAUUUUGCAGUACACGGACAAUCUCAAGCCAAUCAUGUAUACAGGCGCCCCUGCUGACAGAAAGCGUCUUCGAUCCUCACUCCCGAAACACGACAUUGUUAUUAUGUCGUACGAUGUGGUUCGCAACGAUAUCGAGGACUUGGAAAAGAUUCACUGGAACUAUUGUAUCCUGGAUGAGGGCCACAUCAUUAAGAAUGGACGGACAAAGAUCACAAAGGCGGUCAAGAUGGUCAAGGCGAAUCACCGAGUCAUCCUAUCUGGAACGCCCAUCCAAAACAACGUUCUCGAGCUGUGGUCAUUGUUUGACUUUUUGAUGCCAGGAUUCUUGGGAACAGAGAAGCAAUUCAACGAGCGAUUCGGGAAGCCGAUUUUGGCAAGUCGAGAUUGCAAGAGCUCGUCCCGGGAACAAGAAGCAGGUGUGCUGGCACUGGAGGCGCUUCACAAGCAGGUGUUGCCAUUCUUGCUGCGUCGUCUGAAGGAGGAUGUUCUGAGCGACUUGCCACCCAAGAUUAUUCAGGAUUAUUAUUGUGAACUGAGCGAUUUGCAGAAACAGCUUUACGAAGAAUUCUCAAAAUCGCAGGUCAAGCGGGAAAUGGAGGAGGAACUCACAGAGGAGAACAAGGCGGCCGACACGCCACAGAAGGCUACUCAUAUCUUCCAAGCCUUGCAGUAUCUACGCAAACUGUGUAACCAUCCGCUCCUGGUUGUCAAUGAGAACCAUCCCGAGCACGCCAAAGUUAUGAAGCAGAUCAGGGGACAAUCGCUCCACGAUAUAGGUUUUGCACCAAAACUUCAGGCCUUGAAGCAGCUGCUCAUUGAUUGUGGCAUUGGGUCGAAGCCCAUCUCGGAAUCCAGCGCAGAUGUGGAAGCAUCCUUGAUCAGCGGCGGAGGAUCGGCAGUCAGCCAGCAUCGAGCGUUGAUAUUCUGCCAACAAAAAGCGAUGCUCGACAUUAUCGAGAAUGAUCUCUUACGACCGCUGCUACCUUCAGUGUCGUACAUGCGUCUCGAUGGUGCGGUUGACUCUUCUAAGCGACACGGCAUUGUACAAAAGUUCAACGCAGAUCCCUCCAUCGACUUGCUACUGUUGACGACUCACGUCGGAGGACUGGGACUGAAUCUGACGGGUGCAGACACUGUCAUUUUCGUGGAGCACGACUGGAAUCCAAUGAAGGAUUUGCAGGCCAUGGAUCGCGCUCAUCGGUUGGGACAGAAGAAGGUGGUUAAUGUCUAUCGAUUGAUUACAAAAGGAACUCUUGAGGAGAAGAUCAUGGGAUUGCAAAAAUUCAAGCUGAAUAUUGCGAAUACUAUCAUCAACCAGCAAAACUCGGGCAUUCAGAGCAUGGGCACAGACCAGAUCUUGGAUCUGUUCCAGAUCAGCGGUGGCGACGACAUGGAUGGGUCUGGAAAGAAGAAGGGCAAGGGCAAAGGGGUUUCAGAGGGCAGUGUGAACGGCGGAGGCGACCAUGGUGAGGACCAAAAAAUGUCGACGAAGAACGUGCUCGAGUCACUCGAGGGUCUAUGGGACGAGAAGCAGUACGAGGAGGAGUACAACCUGGACUCUUUCAUCUCGAGUCUCAAAUAG